UGAGCCGAGCGGCCUCGGCUCACCGCUUAGCGCCCCCCUCAGCCGCCGCCGCCGCCGCCGCCUCCUCCUCCGCCUCCGCCUCCGCCUCCGCCCGCUGGCCAUGUCCUCCGGCCGCCGCCGCCGCCGCACGAGCGCGGGGUUCCCGCGGCCCAGCGCGCAGUGAGCGCGCGACCCUCUUGCCGUUCGCCCGCCCCGGGGCCCCCUUGUUCUCAGCGCCGCCGCCGCCGCCAUGUUGGGUUCAGAGCCGCAGCGGAGCCGCCGCCGCCGCCGCCGGUGAGGGAGGCCGAGAGCGGAGCCCGCCCCGCCCCGGGGCCCAGGGAGCGGGGCCGCCUCGGAGCCCGGCCUCUCCCCGCCAGCCGCCUUCCCGGCCCGCCCGCUCGCCCGCGGUGUGAGCGAGCGAGCGAGCGCCGGGCCGCGGCCGCGCCUUCCGUUCCCGGCCCGAGCGAGCCCACCGUCCGUCCGUUCCCCCGCCGCCGGGCCCGGCCACAUCCUGCAGCGGAGCCCUCGAGAGUCAGCGCCAUGGCGGAGCAGACCUACUCGUGGGCCUAUUCCCUGGUGGAUUCCAGUCAAGUGUCUACAUUUCUGAUUUCCAUUCUACUUAUAGUCUAUGGUAGUUUCAGGUCCCUUAAUAUGGACUUUGAAAAUCAAGAUAAGGAGAAAGACAGUAACAGUUCUUCUGGGUCUUUCAAUGGCAACAGCACCAAUAAUAGUAUCCAAACUAUUGACUCUACCCAGGCCCUGUUCCUUCCAAUUGGAGCAUCUGUCUCUCUCCUAGUAAUGUUCUUCUUCUUUGACUCAGUUCAAGUAGUUUUUACAAUAUGUACAGCAGUUCUUGCAACGAUAGCUUUUGCUUUUCUUCUUCUCCCCAUGUGCCAGUAUUUAACAAGACCCUGUUCACCUCAGAACAAGAUUUCCUUUGGUUGUUGUGGGCGUUUCACUGCUGCUGAAUUACUAUCAUUCUCUCUGUCUGUCAUGCUCGUCCUCAUCUGGGUUCUCACUGGCCAUUGGCUUCUCAUGGAUGCCCUGGCCAUGGGUCUCUGUGUCGCUAUGAUCGCCUUCGUCCGCCUGCCCAGCCUCAAGGUCUCCUGCCUGCUUCUCUCAGGGCUUUUAAUCUACGAUGUCUUUUGGGUGUUUUUCUCUGCCUACAUCUUUAAUAGCAACGUCAUGGUGAAGGUGGCCACACAGCCGGCUGACAAUCCCCUUGACGUUCUAUCCCGGAAGCUCCACCUGGGGCCCAAUGUUGGGCGCGAUGUUCCUCGCCUGUCUCUGCCUGGAAAACUGGUCUUCCCCAGCUCCACUGGCAGUCACUUCUCUAUGUUGGGCAUUGGAGACAUCGUGAUGCCUGGACUCCUGUUGUGCUUUGUCCUUCGUUAUGACAACUACAAAAAGCAAGCCAACGGUGACUCCUGCAGUGCCUCUGGACCCGCCAACAUCUCUGGACGCAUGCAGAAGGUUUCCUACUUUCACUGCACCCUCAUUGGAUACUUCGUAGGUCUGCUCACUGCUACUGUGGCGUCUCGAAUUCACCGAGCAGCCCAGCCCGCCCUUCUCUAUUUGGUGCCAUUUACCUUAUUGCCACUCCUCACGAUGGCCUAUUUAAAGGGUGACCUACGGCGGAUGUGGUCUGAGCCAUUCCACUCCAAGUCCAGCAGCUCCCGAUUCCUGGAAGUAUGAUGGGUCACAGAGAGCGACCAGAACGGCCUCUCAGUCCUUUUCUGUCCACGCGUGGUUUUGUUUCCUCUUAGAGCUGGCCUGGUACUCGGAGACGUACCUGUCUAAGGACUGCCGUGUGACCGGAUUACGCAUUUGCAGGAGCGAGGUGC